UUGUGGCUGUCGAGGAUGGGGGUCUGUGGGUACCUGUUCCUGCCCUGGAAGUGCCUCGUGGUCGUGUCUCUCAGGCUGCUGUUCCUUGUACCCACAGGAGUGCCCGUGCGCAGCGGAGAUGCCACCUUCCCCAAAGCGAUGGACAACGUGACGGUCCGGCAGGGGGAGAGCGCCACCCUCAGGUGUACCAUAGAUGACCGGGUUACCAGGGUGGCCUGGCUCAACCGCAGUACAAUUCUCUAUGCUGGAAAUGACAAGUGGUCCAUAGACCCUCGUGUCAUCAUCCUGGUCAACACACCAACCCAGUACAGCAUCAUGAUCCAAAACGUGGAUGUGUAUGAUGAAGGUCCGUAUACUUGCUCCGUACAGACUGACAAUCACCCCAAGACUUCUCGGGUCCAUCUCAUAGUGCAAGUUCCUCCUCAGAUCAUGAACAUCUCUUCAGAUGUCACAGUGAAUGAGGGAAGCAGUGUGACCCUUCUGUGUCUGGCUAUUGGCAGACCAGAGCCAACUGUGACAUGGAGACACCUGUCAGUCAAGGAAGGCCAGGGCUUUGUGAGUGAGGAUGAAUAUCUGGAAAUCUCUGAUAUCAAACGCGACCAGUCGGGGGAGUACGAAUGCAGUGCACUGAACGAUGUUGCUGCACCAGAUGUGCGGAAAGUCAAAAUCACCGUAAACUAUCCUCCCUACAUCGCCAAAGCCAAGAACACGGGUGUUUCUGUGGGCCAGAAGGGCAUCUUGAGCUGUGAAGCCUCUGCUGUCCCCAUGGCUGAAUUUCAGUGGUUCAAAGAAGAGACAAGGUUAGCCACUGGCCUGGACGGGGUGAGGAUUGAGAACAAAGGCCGUAUAUCCACUCUGACUUUCUUCAAUGUCUCAGAGAAGGAUUAUGGGAACUACACUUGUGUGGCUACAAACAAGCUUGGGAACACUAAUGCCAGCAUCACACUGUAUGAAAUAAGCCCCUCAUCAGCAGUGGCAGGGCCUGGAGCAGUCAUUGAUGGUGUAAACUCCGCCUCUAGAGCACUGGCUUGUCUCUGGCUGUCAGGGACCCUCUUUGCCCACUUCUUCAUCAAGUUUUGA